GUCAGCAAUUUGGCUUCAUCACACUGAGUCUGCCUGCAUUUAAAGCUGUUUACCUACAGUAAUUUGCUCUGGUUGGAAGUGAACAUGUCUCAAGUUCAAAUUCAGAAUCCUGCUGCCAUUGCAGGGAGCCAAAUAUUGAAUAAAAACCCAUCUCUUUCACAGCCUUUGAGUAUUCCUUCUACUACUAGUUCUUUGCCCUCUGAAAAUGCAGGUAGACCUAUCCAAAAUUCUGCUUUACCCUCUGCAUCAGUUACAUCCACCAAUGCAGCUGCAGCUCCUUCCAACAUGGCAAACCCCAAAGAGAAAACCCCCAUGUGUCUUGUGAAUGAGUUAGCCCGUUUCAACAAGAUUCAGCCUGAGUAUAAGCUUUUGAGUGAGCAAGGUCCAGCUCAUUCUAAGGUGUUUACAGUGCAACUCACUCUUGGGGACCAGCACUGGGAAGCUGAAGGAACUAGUAUUAAAAAAGCGCAACAUGCGGCAGCUGCCAAAGCUUUGGAAGGGACAAAAUUCCCGAAGCCUACGGCUCGUCCAUCUCGUAGUGAAGGCAAGAAUCCAGACAGUGUAACCCCCACAGUGGAGUUAAAUGCACUUUGCAUGAAGCUGGGAAAGAAACCUAUGUACAAACCUAUUGAUCCUUAUACAGGGAUGAGAUCCACUUACAACUAUACAAUGAGAGGUGGCACUUAUCCUCCACGGUACUUUUACCCAUUUCCUGUUGGGCCCUUACUGUAUCAAGUUGAGCUUUCUAUUGGAGGGCAGCAGUUUCAUGGGAAAGGAAGAACAAGACAAGCUGCUAAGCAUGAUGCUGCUGCUAAAGCACUGAAAGUUCUGCAGAAUGAGCCCUUGCCUGAGAAACCAGAGGUUAACGGAAAAGAACCAGAUGAUGAAAAUCUCAAUAAAUCUGAAAUAAGCCAAGUUUUUGAGAUUGCACUUAAAAGGAACUUGCCUGUGAAUUUUGAGUUUUUCCCUCUGAAACAGGUGACCAAGGAAAGUGGUCCUCCCCAUAUGAAGAGCUUUGUAACCAAGGUGUCAGUUGGAGAAUUCAUGGGUGAAGGUGAAGGAAAAAGCAAGAAGAUCUCAAAGAAAAAUGCUGCAAUAGCAGUCCUAGAAGAACUGAAAAAAUUGCCACCCCUUCCUACAGUUGAGAAAAUGAAGCCACGAAUCAAAAAGAAAACAAAAUCAAUAGUGAAGCUGCAAACAAGUCCAGAAUAUGGCCAAGGAAUGAAUCCCAUUAGCAGACUUGCCCAAAUACAGCAGGCCAAGAAAGAGAAGGAACCAGAGUACAUGCUCAUCACAGAACGUGGUCUCCCACGACGCAGGGAGUUUGUUAUGCAGGUCAAAGUUGGUGCACACACAGCUGAAGGAAUGGGCACAAAUAAAAAAGUUGCUAAACGCAAUGCAGCUGAGAAUAUGUUGGAAAUUUUAGGUUUCAAAGUCCCCCAACCUCAACCUCCAAAGCCAGCAUUAAAGACAGAAGAGAAGACACCAGUGAAGAAAACAGGGGAUGGAAGAAAAGUAACCUUCUUUGAGCCAGGCUCUGAAGACACUUCAACUAGUAAUAAAGAAGAUGAAUUUAGGAUGCCUUAUCUCAGCCAUCAGCAGCUUCCUGCUGGAAUCCUUCCCAUGGUCCCUGAGGUUGCACAAGCUGUAGGAGCCAAUCAAGGACACCACACCAAAGAGUUCAGUAGGGCAGCCCCAAAUCCUGCCAAGGCAACAGUAACAGCAAUGAUUGCUAGAGAGCUAUUGUAUGGUGGUACUUCUCCUACUGCUGAGACCAUAUUAAAGAAUAACAACUCAUCAGGCCACGUACCCCACGGACCACUUACUAGGCCCUCAGAGCAGCUGGACUAUCUUUCCAAUGUUCAAGGAAUCCAGGUUGAAUACAAAGAUUUUCCAAAAAAUAACAAGAAUGAGUUUGUAUCUCUUAUAAACUGUUCCUCUCAGCCACCACUGAUCAGCCAUGGAAUUGGAAAGGAUGUAGAAUCUUGCCAUGACAUGGCUGCGUUGAAUAUUUUAAAGUUGCUGUCUGAGUUGGACCAACAAACCACAGAGAUGCCAAGGACAGGAAAUGGACCAAUGUCUGUAAAAGUUAAAAUGCCAAGGGCUGAUACCUUCUGCAGAAGGAUGAGAGGAUGUGUGAAACAAGAAAUGGAAAGUGACCCUCUUCUCAAACCGGCUAACUCAAACACUUUGGGACAAACACUGGACAGCACUGCCUAAAAAAAGGCUUUUGACUGGACCCAAACCUGAAAGCACCAGAGAAAAUCAAAUGCUUCCUAUUAAUGUAACCUAACUGUUUUAGAAUGCUACAGUCUUUACAACCUACUGUAGUGUCUAAAUCAUAACCGUUGCUUUUUCUUCAAACAGUGAUAAAUUUUUUGUUUCAUUAUGUUGUUUUGAUUGAAAUGACACUAUAAAUUUUUCAUUUAAAAGUUUCUUAAUUGUAUCUAGAACAAUAGCACAGUUUAGAAACUUUGUCUUCUGAAACUGACAUGUUAUCUGUGAACUAACUUGGGAAGAUCAUAUCCAUGUAUGUGGUUAUUUUGUUUUUAUUGAAAUAGCAAAGUUUCACUGGAAACAAAUCGUGUGCCCACCAUUUUAAAAAGUCCAGCUUAAUAGUUUAACUAUCCAACGGUUGAAUGAAUUAAAACUCUUUAGGAAUUUUAAACUUUGAUCAUUUUUUGGUUAAUUUCUAGUUUUCUUGAGUGGGAGGGGGGAGGGGAACUCGAAUGCAACGUGACUUUAAAUGAUCUAUGUUUUAAAGAUUGUGUGUAUAGACGGCACACAGCUCACUACAUUACAGGAUAUGAUCUCAAUGUAGUGCAUAUAAAACCGCAGAUUGAUUUUCCUUGAGUGCUUUAUACUGUUUAAUUACAUCUCCAUGUAGGGCUGAAAAAAAUUACCUAUGUUUAUAUAUAAACUGUGUUGCUUUUGAUGUUGUGUUAUUGCGCACCCAACUGUGCGCAGUAAAGUUUUUUGCAUAUGGUCCAGGUAAAGCACGAUAGCCUUGCAAGUUAAGUACUGCUUCAGUUCAUUGUUUACGCUGGAAUUUUUUCUCCCCAUGGAAUGUAAGUAAAACGUAGUGUUUGUCACCAAUAAAUGGUAAUACUAAA